AUGUUCACAAAAUGCCAGGUUGGUCUACGAGGUGCAUCCUCCAGAACAGCAAUUCGGCACUUGUCGAGGAAAAAGCCAAAGCAGUUGAUUCCAUCGCAAAAGGCAAAGACUCUUGAUGCCAAACCUACAGAGAGGAAGCCAAAGCUUUUUGCGUUUGGUAACUUUUCAGCACUCCAUAAGCCUGAAAAGACACAUCUUGAGAGAUCGCUGUCGGCGAUUGAACAGAUAGAAUCGUUCGAUUCGCUUAGAAUCUUCCCUACUGUUCGAAGUGCGAUGGUUAAAGAAAUUAAGGAGAAGUAUAACCUCAAGAAUACGUACAUUGAGGAUAAGGAACAGCUAGAAAUCAAGCCUUCUCCUGUUCAGAUUGCAGCAAUUAAGAAGAUCAAUCAGAUGAGAAAGACCAAGCCAAAAGCUAAAGAGGAUCCGUCGAUUGUUUCCGAGCUCAUGUCUGAGAACGAAAAGAAAAGACUAAAGGUGUUCACCGUCGCUGCAGAAACUGGUUCAGGAAAGACUUGGGCAUACUUGGCAUCUGUGUUUUCUAAACUCAAGGAAGACGACAAGGCCUUGUUUAGCCAGGGCCUUGAAUUUUUGAAGGAGGCAAAAGCCCAACAGAUCAUUCGUUCCGUUGUUCUUCUUCCCACACAUGAGUUGGUUGAUCAGGUUCAUGAGACAGCUUAUAGAGGUGCCAAAAUAAGACUCGAUAAUGAAAACGAGCUCAGUGACAAGAUUAGGCGUUCUGCUGAGUAUGGCUCUUUCUUAGAACAACCAGAAAACCAGAAGAAUCUUGAUCUCAAGGUUGUCAAGUGGACUACCGGUGAUUCUCAUCAGAAGCUUUUCAACAUUGCUAAAGAAGGUAGAAUCGAUAUGCUCAUUACCACACCAGCAAAGAUCCAAAGUCUUGCGAAGUUGGAGAAUAUUCCUCGUCCCUUUCGCUUCUUUUCAGGUGUUGAGUACUGUGUUAUUGAUGAGGCAGACACAUUGAUGGAUAAGCUGUGGUUAUACGAUACCAGGGGUGCUUUGCAGCGUUUCCCUAAGCUUAAAGACUUGAUCAUGUGUUCUGCAACCAUUCCAAAGGAUUUCAACAAAACCAUUACUGAGAUGUUCAAGGAUGAAAGUUCUGUUAUCAGGAUUGUCACUCCCCUGAUUCACAAAAUCCCAAAGCAGAUUGUUGUGAAGGUUAUUGACGCUCAGCAGCCUCCGUACCAUGGCUCCAAAACCAGGUGUUUAGCCCAGGCAUUGUAUGCGAUUUACAAUGAUGGUACCGAGCAGGGUUAUGUCAAGAGAAUCGUUGUUUUUGUCAACGAGAAGAAGGAUGUUGAACCUUUGGUAGACACGCUUAUUUCCAAAUAUGGUCAUCGGGAUACAGAUAUUAUCGGUGUCACUGGUAGGGAUUCAGCUGAUACCCGGUCGCAAAAGAUCGAACCUUUCGUCAAGCCGGCAGUUCCGUUGGAAGAAGAUCCUCAUAAAAGUGAGGUAAAAGUCCUCGUAACGACGGAUUUGUUGGCUAGAGGUUUGAACUUUUCGGGAAUCAAGAAUGUUAUCUUGAUGGACCUUCCUAGAAACUCUGUUGAUUUGAUCCACCGUGUUGGCAGAACCGGCAGAAUGAAGCAAUCUGGAAGAGCAUUUGUCAUUAUUGACAAGAAGACUAAAAAGUCUUGGAUUAAGGGCUUGCCUAGAGCUAUUAAGCAAGGCAUGACCAUUGGAUAG